UGACGUCAAGCGAGAUUAUGAAUGCAAACACCAGGGACAGGAGACUGGCAUUUGCAUUGGGCACUGCAUGCUAGAUUCAGCCUAGAUUACUAGAUUACAUCUCUAGAUUUAGAUCUUGUAAUGACUAGUAUUCUAGGCUUCUAAGACAUUCUAAGAAUAGCAAGUUUGAAAAUGAGUGCUGGCCCACUAAUUGUAGAAAUCAUCUGCACAUGCCUGUUAGCUGCGUACCUACUGAACAGAUAUGGUGACCUGAAGAAACAGCACAUACUGGUGACUGCGUGCUGCUUCAUCUCUUGGUACUUCUCUCUGAUGAUUAUCUUCAUCAUUCCCUUGGAUGUUUCCCUGACCUUCUAUAGGCAGUGUGUGUAUGACCGUAGCCCCCAAAGCAGCACCACAACAGCAGCAAGCACCACAGUUGGCAAUGGAUCUGACUACGACAACGUGUCCACACCCAGCUUGACAAGCCAUGCUGGCCAGCAGGCAGAGAGUAGCACUUUCUCUGAGGAAGAUCUUUACACGGCAUGUGGUCAGCCUGCUAGCUACGUACCUGACCAGGUGCUGCCCAUUUUAUGGAGAAUUAUUUACUGGACCUCUCAAGUAUUGACAUGGCUUAUCAUGCCAAUGAUGCAGUCAUAUGCAAAAACUGGAGACUUCACAGUUCUUGGCAAAAUUAAAUCAGCUUUGAUAGAGAAUGCAAUUUUCUAUGGAACCUACCUGCUGAUUUUUGGCAUCUGUUUGAUCUAUGUGGCUGUGCAUGUCAGCAUUGAUGGUGAGAAGCUGAAGAUCAUUGGUGUAACAGCCAGCAACACUUGGGGCCUGUUUGUCCUGGUGCUCAUGCUGGGCUAUGGUCUGGUGGACGUGCCCAGGUCUCUGUGGAACAAGUCCAAGAGGGGAUACAUGCUGUCCAACACUUACUUUAAGAUAGCCAAGCUGAGCACAGAGAAAACUGAGGCCGAGGAGGCCUUAGAAGAUGUCUUGGAGGAGACCAGACGAGCUGCUGAGAAGAUCCGCUACAACCACCCUCUCAGGAAACACAUGGACACCAUACUCACAAAGUGCCCAGAGAGCACACGCCAGUCUGUGCGAGGAAAACAUGAUGACUUUGAGGACUUCAACCAACCUGCCGAUUUACUGUCAGAGGGGACACUGGUCAAGCUCCACAAGAAAGUAAUCAGGCGCAGCCAAAUCCACAAGCGCACCAGCAUUCAGUGGUCCAACCUGCUGAACAUGGCCCUAGAGUGGGAGGACAUUGACGUGAACAUGCAGAGCACUGACAGGAGGUACAGGCACUCGGACCCUGCUGCAGGCACUUUCUACUUCCAAUGGAUCCGAAAUAUCUACACACCAACUGUGGAAUGGUACUGGAAGUGUCAGGUCAGGCCCUAUGUGUUUAUGGUGGGUGCCGGCGUCUUGACCAUCGUCUCCUUCAUGGUGGUGUGGUCAGAGUGUUUGUUCUUCAUCAAGGACCCGGUGCUGUCACUGUUUGCCAUCUUUAUUAAUCUGGCCAGGGAGAACUACGACUAUGUUUAUAUUGAGCUUGCUUCAGUCUUGACCAUUGCCUAUCUCUGCUUCUGUGCAUACUUCAGUGUGUUUAAAAUUAGAAUUUUGAAUCUCUACUACAUUGCACCCCACCACCAGACCAAUGAACACAGUCUCAUUUUUAUUGGCAUGAUGUUGUGUCGCCUGACCCCACCCAUGUGCUUAAAUUUCCUGGGACUUAUACACCUGGACAGUCACAUCACGCAGGACAGGAAGUUUCAAGAGACGUCGUACACCAAGAUCAUGGGCCACAUGGAUGUCAUCUCUAUCAUCUCUAAUGGAUUCAACAUCUACUUCCCCAUCCUGAUAGUGCUGCUGUGUAUCUGCACCUACUUCAGCCUGGGGAGUCGAGUCCUGAGCGCUCUAGGCUUUCAGCAAUUCAUAGGGGAUGAUGACAUGACGCAAGAGCUCAUUGAUGAGGGCAAGGAACUGGUUGCUCGAGAGAAAAGAAAAAUUGAAAGGAAAGUGGAUGCUGAGGCCAGGAAAAAGACGUGGACUGAGAGGUUUGGGGAGAGUUCUGCAAACAAGGACAAACCACUGGCCUCUGACAGGAGAGAACGUUACACUGUGCCUAGAAGUCCAGAUGAAGAUGACCGCUCUGAGUUGCUGAGAACUGUUGAACCAAUUGAUUACAGGGAGGAUCUUGAAGAUGGAUUAUUUGCAUCUCCCCACAAUAGAACUGACAACUCUGGGUACCAGUCCCGUGCAUCUCGGCCGAGUACAGCGCGUCCUGCUGGUGGGCCAAGCACAGGACGUCUUGCUGGCCGAGCACCUAAAGGAAUAUUUGAUGAUGUCUAAAGCAACCCACUAGCAUUUGGAGUUUCCUGUACUGUUGACACGUUUACCUCAGAUGGGUUGUUCACAUCGCCGGCUGCCCCAGCUUGCUGGGGGCAUCGCCGGCUGCCCCAGCUUGCUGGGGGCAUCGCCGGCUGCCUCAGCUUGCUGGGGGCAUCGCCGGCUGCCUCAGCUUGCUGGGGGCAUCGCCGGCUGCCUCAGCUUGCUGGGGGCAUCGCCGGCUGCCUCAGCUUGCUGGGGUGGAUUUCUUGCCUGGGGUGCACCAUUAUGUGCAGAGGGUUGCUUAUUUAUAUUUAUACUAGUAGUAGUUUGAUAAUCUUUUGUUCUUAAGCCAUUAACUUGUUAGCCCACAUUCGCAUCAAUCAUUGGCACAAACUGAUCUGUUGGGAACUGGGAGUUGCCUGCAUUCAUUUUGUUAGCUUGAUAGCAUCCAAGUUGUUUAAGUUUAACCAGCUGAUAAGUCUAGGUGACUAAGUCAGACAGUGAGUCUAGGUGACUAAGUUAGUCAGACAGUGAGUCUAGGUGACUAAGUUAGUCAGACAGUGAGUCUAGGUGACUAAGUUAGUCAGACAGUGAGUCUAGGUGACUAAGUUAGUCAGACAGUGAGUCUAGGUGACUAAGUUAGUCAGACAGUGAGUCUAGGUGACUAAGUUAGUCAGACAGUGAGUCUAGGUGACUAAGUUAGCCAGACAGUGAGUCUAGGUGACUAAGUUAGCCAGACAGUGAGUCUAUGUGACUAAGUUAGUCAGACAGUGAGUCUAGGUGACUAAGGUGACCUCUAUUAGCUAGAGCCCCACUGACCUAACAUGCUAUUACUUGAAUAGAUUAUCCCAUUCACAUUGAGUUCUAGAUUUAUAGUCUAAUUGUAUCAAGGCAAUUACUGCAUUCCAUUUGAAAACUGUUUUAUCACAUAUGUACAUUGAUGGCAUUCCAUAGCUUGUAUUACAAUUGACUAAUUCACUUUUUGAUUAACUUUUGAAAUCAGGUCACAUUUUUCUAAGCUACCAUCUAGUAAAUCAAGUGAUUUGUUUACAUGAAAAUAUUGCUACUGUUUUAAUGCUAAAAACUUUGAACAUCCUAUUGUUAAAAGAUUUGUACAGUUGUUUGCAGUAAGCGGGGGGGGGGG